UGCGCUAGGGGGCAGUCAUGUUUUAAUAAGACGUGGCACCGAGUACGUAGAAAACGAAGAAGAGUCUGCGAGUAAAAAUCGUGUUGCUAAUCUAAGGCAGCACAAACAUAACCUACCAGAAUGCUUCCCUUGUCCCUUUUGAAGACGGCCCAGAACCAUCCUAUGCUGGUUGAACUGAAGAAUGGAGAAACCUACAACGGUCAUCUGGUUAGCUGUGACAACUGGAUGAACAUCAACUUGAGAGAAGUCAUCUGCACAUCCAGGGAUGGUGAUAAGUUUUGGAGGAUGCCAGAGUGCUACAUCAGGGGAAGUACCAUCAAGUAUCUGCGAAUUCCAGAUGAGAUUAUUGACAUGGUGAAGGAUGAGGUGGUUUCUAAGGGUCGUGGACGUGGAGGUGCCCAGCAGAAUAAGCAGCAGGGUAAAGGAAGAGGCGGAGCCGGCCGAGGUGUGUUUGGCAGCCGCGGCAGAGGGAUGUCAGGUCCUGGUCGAGGCCAGCAGCCACAGCAGCCGGAUAAAAAACCAAGCAAACAGCAGGGAAUGAAGAACCAGCACUGAUGUGAUGUCAUGGAUCUUUCACAUCACAUUAACUGUUAUUUUUGUUUCAGUACUUGUGGAUAAUUUAACUCUCAGCUCCUUUUUUUGCUGAUAUGUGAUAUGUAAGAGAACCAAUCGCUGCAAAAGGUCACUGAGAUGUUCAAAAGAGGCAGUGGUUUUGCACUGAGUUUUCUUUUUAGGUUUUUAAGAAUAACCAUGUUUGUGUAAAACCCAAGAGCUGAUACUUUUUCUUUUUUUCUUUUCUUUCAAGAAGAAUAUUUUGUCAUGAAAACCCCUUUUUAGUCACAAAAGUAAUCUGUUGGUACAAUUGGAAGUGUCAAAUUGUUUAUAUUUGGAUGUCUUUUUCUUUAGGGGUAGAUUUCAUGAUAGACAAUAUUCCAGCCCCAGAAUUCUCUUCAUUUCUAUUCUAGUUGUUGAGUGACAUGGUUGGUGUGGGUUUGUUUCUGUCUUUCACUCCUCAUUAGCCAAUCUAAGCUGAUAGUCAGCUGACAUCCAGUCACAGAUAAGUGACACGAUUUGACCAUAAGAAUUUUUGUUUGAAAAACUCUUUAUUUUUAUAGUGAUGAAUAUUAUUGUAAUGACAUGAGAAACAAUAAAGCAGUUUUUGUUAAAGACCA